AUUUUUAAAAUUAUUCUUCAAUUUUGUUUCAGGACAUAACUUGGCAAGAUGAACACUCAGCUCCUUUCUCUUGGGAAACAAAGAGUCAGAUGGAGUUCAGUGUUGCAUCUCUGUCUAUACAAGAACCAUGUGGUACCCAGUUGCAAAAUGAACAGAAGCAGGCAGUUAAGGCAGCAUCUGGUAUCCAAGUUCCUAAAUCUUCUCAGGCUAAUAAGACCCCUGGCUCUGAUGGGCUAUUAGCACCCAGGAAGGAAGAGGAGUCCUCUUUCUGGAAGAUAAAUGCAGAGCGCUCGAAGAUUGAAGGAGACAAAUCUGAGUUCCAGUCAUUGACUCCCAGCCAGAUCAAGUCCAUGGAAAAAGGAGAGAAAUCCCUUCCCUCUUUCUACAGACAAGAGUCUGCUCCAAAGGAGGUGGCAAAAGCAGAGAAGCCGAGCAUAACUAAAGCAGAGAAGCCUGUCACCCCCAGUCUACCUUCUGCAUCUCUAGAAUGGGAAAAACCUCGACCCAGUCAACAACCUUCUAGUUCUCUAGAUGACUUCUUUCUUCCUGACCCACCGCAGGACCUGGCACCUGCUAGGACAACCAGUGAAGAUACUGAUGGUAUUACACUUACAGAUCCACAAAUAUCUGGACAGAGUAAUACAAGUACUGUUAUCUUGAAGACUGGCUUUGAUUUUCUAGACAACUGGUAAAAGAUACUUCAAAAUAGUUCCAACUAAUUUUGGAGAAGGAGUGGAGCAUUUUCUCCUUGUAUGUUAAUUUACUAGCAUCUGUGUCUUUUUCUAGAAGUAACUUUCAAAAUCUUAAAUGUUGCCUUUGUAAUACC